AUGACACGUGCAACACAUGCGGAUGUUGGCUCUGCUGGAACCGAGCCCGGUCCGAGUAAAGACGGCACCACUGGCGGCAACGAAGAUCCGGGGCGAGGGAGCGCGAGUCUUGCACUCCCGUCGGCGGAGAUGGAGGGAUCGGCGACGGAGGGAAAUCACGGAGGCAAUCCCUGCGUCCAGCAUGCCGCAACCAAUGAGUCCGAGGCGGCGGCAACGCAACACCAUCUGACGCUGCUCCAGCCGACCGUGGUCGAAGUUUCUGCAGCCGUGCUGGAUAAGGACAAGGUGGGGGAGCACGAGUCGGUUGGGCUGGUCGGUGGCUCUCCACCUUCUGGUGGACGGGGGAGGCGUAGGCAGAGGAAGAGCGAUGGGGAGGACGAUUAUGACACCGCCAUGCCCGGGGACCUCAUUACGCGGGCGAAGAGGCGGCAGACGACAUGUAGUGCUUACGACGCCGGAGGCGCGGCAGUUGGGACACCGCGAGGCGCCAAGGAAGCUAGUGGCAAGGCGGGUGGUCAAGCAUUGCGCCAAAAGGGCCGACCCGCAGCAAGAAAAGCAUCUGGCGGAAGGAGAGGCAAGAAAGCAGCGAUGGGAACAAAGCCAAAACGGGGCGAUGAAGACCCCGGUGAUGCGGAGGAGGAGGAGGAUGAGGAGGAGGAUGCGGAGGGAGAGGAGGAUGAAGAUGAGGAGGAGGAGGAGGAGGAGGAGGAGGAGGAGGAGGAGGAGGAGGAGGAGGAGGAGGAGGAGGAGGAGGAGCAGGGUGUCGACGAGGAGGAGGAUGUGGAGGAGGAGGAGGAGGAGGAGGCAGCGGAGGAGGAGGAGGAGGAGGAGGAGGAGGAGGAGGAGGAGGAGGAGGAGGAGGAGGAGGAGGAGGCAGAGGAGGAGGAGGAGGAGGAGGAGGAUUAG